AGAUGGUUUGGGAAACAGGGAUUGGACUGACGGAGGGACACUGGUCAAAAAGAAGAGAGCCAAGGCCUUUGUAGCCAAUCAGGAUGAGGCUAGCAAAGUCUCUGCUGGGCCCAUGCAAAAUAGGACUGACCCAAGUUCAGACGAGCACAAGGAGGCCAUCCACAGCAGUGCAGAGGACUCACAAGUGGAGCUCUUCACCUCCUCACCGUGUAAAACGCAGCAUUCAGGCCUCUCUCAGAAGAAAGCAGCAACCAAGUUGGCCGCUUCUACUGAACUGGGUAGCCCUGUUGCACCAAGGAAGUCACUCAAGCAUAAAGGAUCUUCUGGCGUGAAAGACUCUGAUAGUACCGAUGUUACACCAAGGAAGCCACACAAACAUAAAAAGUCUUCUGGCAUGGAAGACUCUGAUACUACCGACGUUACACCAGGGAAACCCCGCAAGCAUAAAAGGUCUUCUGGCAUGGAAGACUCUGAUAGUAUCGAUGUUACACCAAGGAAGCCACACAAACAUAAAAAGUCUUCUGGCAUGGAAGACUCUGAUACUACCAACGUUACACCAGGGAAACCCCGCAAGCAUAAAAGGUCUUCUGGCAUGGAAGAUUCUGAUAGUACCGAUGUUACACCAAGGAAGCCACACAAACAUAAAAAGUCUUCUGGCGUGGAAGACUCUGAUACUACCGACGUUACACCAAGGAAACCCCGCAGGCAUAAAAAACCUUCUGGCACGAAAGGCUCUGACCAUACCGAUGUUACACCAAGGAAGCCCCGCAAGCAUAAAGAAUCUUCUGGAAUGGAAGACUCUGACGGUUCCAGUGUAGGUUUUGAAGAGACUGCAAAGUCUGUUACCGAUCACGACCAGAUAAAAAACAAAUCACAGGGCAAACUUUUCCCUUCAGAAGACAGCAGUGAGUUACCAGAGAUCCUCAAAGAUGUGGGAAAAUUGUCUUCCAUGGGGAGUCCUGCUUCUCAGGCAUCUUUCGUAGAGGAGAAUGAGUUUCUGGACGCUUCUGAGCUUGUUUUACCAGAUCUGGAUACAGCCACCCAGGAGCUGGGGGAGUUCAUUCCACACGUGAGGAAUCUCUCUGCUUCAGCCAUCAGACAGCUGGCCACACGAGAUCUGGUCCGGUUUAGAAACUUCAAGCAAAAGGGUAUUGCCGUGAAGUUUGGCAAGUUUACUAAGAAGGAGAACGACCAGCUGAGAAAGAACGUGGAGGCCUUCUUGAAGGAGAGCGGCAUAGAAAGCGCUGAAAAGCUCUUGUUCACCCACCGCUUUCCAGAAGAGAGAGCAGCCAUCCGAAAGCUGAAAGCCGAGCAUUUCUUCGGCAUCAGGAUCGCGGAAGGAAUUCCACGACCCUGGAGACUUGUGUAUUAUCGAGCAAGGAAAAUCUUUGACCCCAAUAAUAACAGCGGCAGGUAUUCUGAUCAAGAGAAGAGGAAGCUGUUGGAAUACCAGGCCAUCUAUGGCAACAACUGGAAAAAGAUUUCCGAACUGAUGUCUCGAACCAGCCACUCAGUCGCACUGAAGUACUCGCAGAUUAAGUCUAAGCCCAAAACUGGCCCGUGGAGCAAAGAGGAGACGAAGAGACUUCUUCAGGCUGUUGAAGAGACGCUGCAGGAGAACUGCAAGGAGUUUGACUCAGGUCCGGAGGAGGAGGAGGAGGAUAAAUGCAAAGCUCUCUCCGUGGAGCGUGAGAAUCUCUACAAGGGAAUCUCAUGGGUGGAAGUCGAAGCCAAAGUGGGCACCAGGCACUGGAGGCAGUGCAAGCAGAAGUGGAUGUCAAUCGUAACCAAGAGGAUGUCCGGCGGGCGGGUGAUAGCCGGGAGGGCCCAGAGUUUGCAGUUGAAGAUCAACCUGAUUGAAAGGUUGUAUGAACUGAACAUUGAGGAUGCGAACGAUGUCGAUUGGGAAGUUCUCUCCAGUAUUAUAGGGGACGUGUGGGAGAGGAUGGCCCUUUCCCUGGGAGGUUAUUAUGUCCAGAGGAGAUUUUACAAGCUCAAGGCUACUCGGGUCCCCUGUUGGAACCGAAAGACCUUUCCCGAAAUCAUCGAUCACCUGCAUGAAGUGACCCUUCCGAAGCUAAAAGCGUUGCUGAAAUCGAAAAGGGCAGGUGGUGCCGCCAGAGCGCAAGCCACUCCCGUCAAGAAGCAGAGGAAAGUGUUUCAGCUCCAAGACAUCUUUCAGGAGAGCAGCGACGAGCUGAUAGAUGAUUCUGAGGAUGAGCUGCAGGCAGAGGGCGGCGCAGGUGGCUCGGGAGAGCUUCUGACCGGAAGGAAGGAGGGGCAGAGCGGAGGCCCAGAGAGAAAAUAGUAGAUAAGAGUUUUAUUUUUAUGGCGUUUCGUAUUGGAUCCCUGGCAGCUUCGGGUAAGCGGUAUGGAAGUGGAGGGCAGGCUCCCCCCCCCCCCCGGUCUGACAGCCACCGUCUCUCCCCUCUGCUGGUGGACCCUCCCUCAACAAAGAUGCAAACUUUGCAUCUCCUUGUGAUCAGUAUGCCCUGUAUUUGCACAGAGACGGCAUUGGCGCCAUUCAGGGCUGGCGCAAGGGCACUGUGGCACCACCGGCCAGCCACUGGGGCAGGCGCACGCACACACAAAACCCACCCGAGCCCCGGAGACGGAGGGCCAGGAGUGCAGCGGAGCUGGCUGCCGCCUGCUCUUCUUCCGUCCCUCCCUCUCUUGCAGGGUGCGGCGGGGGAAGGAAGCUGGGUAAGUUGCGGCACUCCAAGCCUCCUCACCCUCCCCAGACGGUGGGUCUGGCAGCUGCCUGCUGUCCCUCCUUCACCAGAGACGGUGAUUAGGGCUACCUGGGCGGUGGCACUGGGACAGGGGUUGCUCCUCAGGCUGCCCUGGCAAGCAUUGGUCGGUGUUCCUGGCCGCCUGGCACCCUAGGCGAUUGCCUAGGUCUGCCUAAUGUGUGGGCCGGGCCACCCUCAGUUCCAUGAAUGCACAACUGCCGUCUUUGCUAAACGCCAAGGGAUUUUCCAGCAAUGCAGGGUCCAGGUCUGCCCACUGAUCAGUCGGCAGGCCAUUGGUGGACCUUAACAUUCCAGCCACUUUUUUACGGGGUAUGACUGACCCUCAGCCUGACCCAACAGUCCUCUGGUGCAGAUGCUGGGUCCAGUCAGUGCGGAACUCUGUAGGACCCAGCCUUGCCGGAGAGAGAGAGCAAGAGAGAGAGAUCCUCUUACGGGUAGGCACUUGGGUAGGAUCCUACCCCUGGUGGGUGAUGAAGGAACCUUCCGUGGAUCGGCAGACUAAAUUCCAGACACACAGGCUGCAAGUGGCCAGGCUGCCUUCUCUCAAACCACCAGCUUGCAUCUUUUUUCGAGCCCGUCUGCUUAGACAUGGAGCGGGGCGGGGAUGCCGUCAUCGAUCUGAAGUUGCAGUUUUAUGUUCCUUUGAGGGAAAUAAACACCACUGAGCACAGUGGGACUUGUUUCCAAGUAGACUUUUCUAGGAUUGGACCGUAAAGUUCGUUUUUGGAAGGAAAAGCUGGAUUUAAAAUUUCUCUCCUGUUGGAUACGAACGCCCCUUCUUUUAGGGGCACCUUAGGGCCUUUUUCUGAAGGCAUGAACCUGUGCAACUUUUUUUGGACUUAAUCAGGCGCUGGUUUCUGGUCUCCGUGUGAGAGAGGAGGUUCCAGAGCCCACCUGCCCUCUGGCUUGGCCCUGUGUGGGGCCGGGCUAUGCCAGGGCCCUCCGAGAACCUGCUCUCCGCCCGGACGUCUGGGGCACAAAGGGAUGUUCAGGUCUGAUCAUCAGUUCCCACCUGGGCGACAGCGGGUCGACGUUCUUUCUGUGCAAACCAAAAUCCCCGUCCAGUACAGGAUGCAGAAGCAGACUGGCCCAGCUUCUAGAACCAAGUUGUGCUCUGGUGCUGCCUGUGUUUUUGAAUAGCCCGGUACAGUCAGGAACUGAAGGAGCUUCAGAAUUCACCGUUCCAGGGAGCAAUGCCUUUGGUGUGCAAUUCGUUCCGUCGUCACCAGGGCUACUUAUCCUCAAUUUAAAGUGUGUUGGCUGCCCCCCCAGGG